AUGGCUCGAAAUGCGGGUCGAUUCGACGGUCGAGCGGUCAUUGUGACUGGUUCAUCCAAUGGAAUAGGCCGAGCUACUGCCGUAAUGUUUGCCAAGGAAGGUGCGAUGGUAACGAUUUGUGGACGGGAUGAGAAAACUUUGAACAAGCUGCUCGUUGUCCAAGGUGACCUUCGCGAUGAAGAUGUGAUGAAGGAAACAGUGAAUGGAACAGUUCGCAAGUUUGGCCGGCUGGACGUUUUGGUGAACAACGCCGGCAACACUGGCGGCUCAUGUUGGGCCGAGCCAGAGAUCGAGGGAGAUAUCAGUUAUUUUGAUCAUACUAUGAAUCUGAACACUAGAAGUGUACUGAGGACUUUGCCAGCUAGCCUUUCCACAUCUGGUGAAGAGCCAAGCAGUGUGACUGGAUUGAACAACGGAGCGUCAACGCCAUUUCCAUUCUACAGUGUCUCAAAAGCGGCACAGGACCAACUUACGCGUAAUCUUGCUUUGCACUACAUCAAAAAAGGAGUACGAGUGAAUAGCGUCAACCCUGGUAUCAUAUCAACGAACAUCGUGCAAAGGCGGGGGCUUUCUGAUGAGCAGGUCAAGCAGGUGAACAACGCCGGCAACACUGGCGGCUCAUGUUGGGCCGAGCCAGAGAUCGAGGGAGAUAUCAGUUAUUUUGAUCAUACUAUGAAUCUGAACACUAGAAGCAGUGUGACUGGAUUGAACAACGGAGCGUCAACGCCAUUUCCAUUCUACAGUGUCUCAAAAGCGGCACAGGACCAACUUACGCGUAAUCUUGCUUUGCACUACAUCAAAAAAGGAGUACGAGGUGAAGAACAAAUCGGUGCCUCGGAUUCGUGCGUGCCAUAUGGUCGUGCUGGAACACCCGAUGAGGUGGCUGAAGCGAUUUUAUUCCUUGCUGACAGGUGGGUUGCCAGCAAAGUGCUGACUUCUGGGAUGUCGUGA